AUGUAAAGUUCACUGAGCAAAUAGUUAAUUGAGAAAUAGCGUACCUCAAAUUUUGUAUGGUCAAAUGUUUUUGUACAUAUUUCGUUUGAAUAUAUAACUCACUAUCAGAGUAUUCUAAUCAUCAGUUUUGUGUUGUCUAUCAAUCUAUCAACAUGUUCAAAAUCUUCGCUAUCUUAGUAGCAGCUACAGUUGUUUUGGCUCAUGAAGAGCAUCAUGCACCUGCUCAUUAUAAAUUUGACUAUGGUGUUCAUGAUCCACAUACCCAUGACGUAAAAUCUCAAUGGGAACAUAGAGAUGGAGACCACGUGAAAGGAGCUUACACCUUGAAAGAAGCUGAUGGUACCACCAGGUUGGUGGAAUACACUGCUGGACCUCAUUCUGGAUUUAACGCUGUUGUGAAGAGAAUAGGUCAUGCUCAUCAUCCAGCUCAUUAUGGUCAUCAUGGAGGUGCCCAUCAUGCUGGACAUGGAGGAGAUAGUUUUGUUGGAGUGACACAUUGGGGAUUCAAACAUUAAGACAGAAGGAAUGAUCAAAUGAAUUCGAAAUUAUUGUUGAUUAGUCCGUAAUAAAUUUUUAU